AUGACCACUCCUCAGGCACAAUCCUCUCUCCUCCUCCGCGUGCACUCUCCUUCUCCGCGCGCACUCUCCUUCCCCACCCACCAUCCCAUGCUUGACAUCACCCUCGAUGGGCCCACACCGUGUGCAUUUAUAUUCCCCAGUGCUCGGCCGCCGCUCACCCCUCCUGAGCCGAGUCCGUCCACACCAUCCAUUUCAUCCUCUCUCUUCGAUCCAGAACGUCCCGGAGAUACACCUUUGAAAUCAUCCACAACUACUGCUGAGUUCACUGCACCUCUGAUUGCACGUUCUCGUUCAACGCCCCGGAUUUCAACUCAGGCGAACCACUCACGCUCUCUGCACGCUGUCGCGGUGCAUCCAUCUUUUCUCUCCUAUUGUUACUCGCUAAUCACGCUAAACUCGUCUCACAGACACAACCUGAACCUCCACAACCUGCUCGACUUUAAUUCGCACACGCACGCAAUUCAACUUGCAGGGACUGAGCGACGACCAAAGCGUGGUAACGAAGACUACAUCAAACGGCCCGAGAACGCGUUCUUCCUUCUCUGA